CUUCGUAGUAAAAACUAAACAGACAGACAACGGACUUAUCGCUUCGAUCAUCACGCAGUGAAAUUUAAUUUAGUAAAAGGUCACUUCCACUAAAUUAAAAAUGUGUAGGUACUUUGUUGUGGACACAUUAAGCUAUUAAGUUGUUUCAUCAAUUUUCGCGAGUACUUCAUCGGUAACAUUAGUUGAAGAGCUUUCGACACAGGUGGACAUUUAUUUUUACAAUGAUAAAAGUAAAUAUGAGAGAGCGUACAGCUAAUGAUCGCUUUUCGAUAAAAAAUCCUUUAAGUUGUUUGUUGUAUUUAUUUUCCUUAAGUACUAAUUCUCGUCGAGAAUUAAACUCUAAUUCACACCUUUCUGUAAUAAAAAUAGUUGUAACAGGCGUCUUGUUUUGUGUGUUGACAGUGUUAAGUAUAUACUACAGAAUUAACAAGGUGUACAGUGAUUUAACCGUAUCGGUCAGACUGACAGAUUUAGUACAAGCAAUAUACGAUUACUUUCAAUUUAACGUGGACUUAUACUUCGUGUAUAAAUAUGGCAGACGUUAUUAUCAAGAAUACUAUAAACAGUAUACUACCAUCGACCAAGUUUUAGGCGAGUGCAGCUGUAGCCCUAUUAGAGCAAAAAUUAACAAAUUAGUUUUUUUGUUUGCUUCGUUUUGGGUGGCCGUUUCGGCCGUGGAUUGUUUUGUAUGGGUUUCAACAUACGGGUGGAUGAUCCCUUUUGCUUUUUCAUUGACGUACAUAUAUCUUCUUCUAAAAAUUCUCACUAAUUUAGAUUUUACUUACCAAACUAUGCACAUUGAAGUUCGCUUGGGAAUCAUGCGGAAUUUGAUAUUAACUCAAUACCUUGACUGCGAUUCAUUGUCUGGGGCGACAUCCGACCCAGUCGAAAACAAAAAUUGGUUUUAUUGCAACUCUUCAUCAUUCAAACGUCGAGAAUUUCCGAAGAACAGUCACUCUGGAAUACAAUGGCUCAGCAGAUGUUACUUGCUGUUGAUAGAACAAAGCAGGUUCAUAAAUCAAAAGUUCGGAUUCAGGAUGUUACUGAAUAGCCUGAGUCUUUUGAUUGACAUGGUACGGUUCGCGAACCUUGCCAUUCGAAUCGCAGUCGGAUCUGAGUAUGUCGUAAAUUAUUUGGCAAUUGUGGCUGCAGUAUCCACUAUAUUCCGGCUGAUAUUAUGCGCUGCCAUUCUGACAAACUUGGUUCACCACUGCGAGAUGGUUUACCGGCAAAACAAUAAGAUUAUCUGCAUCUCUGAUUACAUGCUCAACUUCAAAAACCCUGAGCCAAAGCUGCGAGAAGCUAUUACCGAGCUUAAAACUCUGAUCCAGUCGCGACCCAUCACCUUUCACAUGGCUAACUUUAUUAGGCUGGACUACGCUAUGCUGAUGUCUACUGCUUCUGUAGUCGUAACCUAUACGAUUAUAUUAUUGCAAAGUCUUAAUUAAAAGCUUAAAUAAAUACCUAGUA